GGGAUGUUAAAUAAAUGAAUACUAAUAGUAAUAGUAUCUGUAUAUCCAUCACCAAAAUUCUCAGAUUUCAAAUUUGACUGUUUUUGUACAACCAACAUGUACUUCUUCUCGUAAUAUUUAAUCCACGUCCUAUUAUUCCUGCUCCUAGAUCUCUCUGCAACUGAAUAAACAAGCACCCUUUUUUUUCUCCACUUUGUUCCUCAUUUUUCUCAUUACCACCAUUUAAUGAUUCCCUCAGUUUUGUUUUGCCUCCUCAGCUGAACCUUCACGUUCUUGUUUUAUAUUCCCUUUUUUAAUUGUUUAAUGUAAACUUCAGAAUAUAGAAAUGGUUCUUGGAAAAGGGUUGCUUUAACUUUAGAGUUCUGAGCCUUUUUGCAUGUUCUUAAAUGGGCAUUGCUUUGUUUCUUAAGUUUUGAGCGUUUUUUGGUUCAAUUCGUUUGGUCUUCCUCAGAGGAGUUUGGUUAAGGCUUUGCUUGUAUGCGAUCUUAGUGGGUUUUGUCAUAGCUUGGGCUCUCAAGUUUCAGCUCAACUCUUUUUAAGGUCUUUGUCGAGAGUUAAGGAAAAGAUUUUUCUACCUAUUUUCCAAAUGGGUCAUCCAGCAGCAGCAGUAUGGGAUAAUAAGGCGGCUACUGAGAUGACAAAAGACUGGAAUGGAAUCGAUCAAGUUGUGCUUCGGAGCCCACAUGGAGCUUCAGCAAGGGUAAGCUUGUACGGAGGACAGGUCACUUCAUGGAGGAAUGACCAUGGGGAAGAACUUCUUUUCACUAGUAGUAAGGCGAUCUUCAAGGCCCCAAAAGCAAUGAGGGGAGGAAUACCUAUCUGUUUCCCUCAGUUUGGGAAUGGUGGAUCAACAGAACUGCAUGGAUUUGCAAGAAACAAGAUUUGGAUGAUCGAGGAUAGCCCUCCACCUCUGCAUCUAAAUGAUUCCCAUGGGAAAUCUUUCGUUGAUCUUCUACUCAAACCAUCUGACGAUGACAUGAAAUGCUGGCCCCAUAGCUUUGAAUUUCGUCUCAGAGUGUCGCUGGCAGCUGAUGGAGUUUUGAAUAUGAUAUCACGUAUUCGGAAUGUAAAUGGAAAGCCUUUUAGUUUUUCAUUUGCUUACCACACGUACUUCUCAGUCUCUGACAUAAGUGAAGUGAGGAUAGAAGGCCUGGAGACACUUGACUAUUUAGACAACCUUUGUCAAAAAGAGCGAUUCACUGAGCAAGGGAACGCCAUAACAUUCGAGUCUGAAGUGGAUCGUGUUUAUGUCAGUGCGCCUAACGCAAUUGCUAUCCUUGAUCAUGAAAAGAAGAGGACAUUCGUGAUAAGAAAGGAGGGACUGCCAGACAUAGUGGUUUGGAAUCCAUGGGAGAAAAAAUCAAGAGCAAUGGGGGACCUUGGGGAUGAGGAAUACAAACAGAUGGUUUGUGUUGAUGGAGCAGCAAUUGUUAGACCUAUAACUUUAAAGCCUGGCGAGGAAUGGACAGGGCGAAUGCAGCUCAAGGUUGUUCCUUCAAGUUUUUGCAGCGACCAUCUCGGUUUCUGAUGUUCAAGAGAAGAAGGCCAAAGACAGUUCCAAGGAUGAAGAUUGAGAGCCUCAAUUUGUUUGUUGUUUGUUUCUUUAUUUUUUUGGGAAUAUAAGAUGUUGAGUUGAUGUUAGGAUGUUCAAAUGUUUAGAAAUAGUAAAGUUAUAUGGUUAGUGAUUACGUAGAGGUUGUCAAGUCUUGGUCCCGUCCAGGAUAUGGGAUGAAACUAAUCUUAAAGCCUGUAAUUUUUUAAAAAAUGGCAUGUCCCUUCUUUUCCUUUGUUUUAUUUUCUUUUGCUGAAUACUGAAUAGUAAUUGUUGCAGCUUAUUAUUUUUAUAUUUUUUUGGCA